GGCUCUUCUUAGUCUUACUUCUAAUCUAACUCCAUGCUGUAAGCAGAAUGCUGUACUAAAGUAAAGUGUGAGAGGGUAGGGAAAGGAGAGUUAAGAGGAGUGUCUGCUCCCUGUGGUCUCCUUACGUUGACUGCAGUCGGGUGUGUGUAGGAUUCCGGAUGACCUGAAUCUCCCCAUGAGAAUUUCGUCGCUGGGCGGGUGGAACAUUUACUGAUUUACUGACGGAUUGGAGUCUUUGAAACCUUCUUUUCGCCCAUCCACUUGAGAAUCACCUGUAAUGGUCAAUACACAAUGUUCCGGAAACAAGACUAGCCAGGAAAAUUACAGAUCAUCCUGGAAUACUAAGGAUUUAAACUUGUGAGUAGUCGUUAGUCAAGAUGGCUGCAGAACGUGCAUUAGUAUUUGGACUUGCUGUCUGUGUGUUGCUGUCAUCUUUAGUUCCAGCAUGGAGUCAAUCUAUCGGUGAGAACAGAUUUAAAAUAGAUAUGCUGCAAGUUUUUAAAGAUGGAGAAACAUCUAUGAAAGGAGUCUCUGAGGAAGUUGGCUCACACCCAGGAAUGACAUCAUUCAGAGUCCGUCCCUCUGUCCCAACGUUAACAUUAGAAAGGGAAUCAGUUCAAGAACUGCGGAGGCAUCUUAAUAACACCCUGACUCUAGUCAUCACUGCUAAGCAGGUUUACAAUAGUGCCGGGACAAUCUUUACCGUAACGACAGGGGACAAUAGCCCUCUGCUCAUGCUCAGUACCAACUUGAGAACGGGUGUAAUGCGACUGAAGUAUCGCGCCAUUGGUGUGAGGUCAUUUAAUGAAGUCUUGACUACUUCGCCGUUUGCUGAGACCGACUUGCAGGAAUGGGCAAAUGUUGGGAUUAUUCUGUCUGGCAGAAGGAUGAGGAUUUAUGAGGGAUGCGACACAGUGAGGGACAUCACACUGCAGGAUGGGGCUAUUGAUUUGAAUAUACCUGAAGAUGCACUCGUGUAUGUUGUACAAGGUGUCAAAGGAAAGAAUAAAUUCAGUGGAUGGGUACAGGAUUUUUGGCUCUACCCCUCUGAAUUAACGGAAAUGCCAUGGACUUGUUCUACCUCUGAAGAAGCACCCAACAUUGUACACAGUAUUGCACCAAGUGACAAACCCAGUGAUGUGACUGCACCCAGCACUACCCACACUAAUACAUCUAGUGAGCCACUCAAGGUUACUCCAUCCUUCAACAGAACCUCUGUUACACCCAGGAAGGUUGUGACUGCUGCACAGGGUGAUGAAGCACCCAUGGAAUCACCAGUAGUGACUGACAAUAAAGAAGUACUCUCUGAUCCAGCGAGGGCUGCUUUAGAAGAAUUGAAAAGAGAGACUCUGACUGACAUCAGGGCUGCUCAAACUGCCCCAGAAGCUGUGAUAUCUGAGCAGGAUCGUGGGUUGUCUAUACUAGCACUACAGGAACAGCGAAUCAUUGAGCUAGAGACCAUGGUGCAACAGUUUGAUGACAUGAUGGGUAUGCUCAAGACACAGGUGUCCUCAAUGGAACGUCGUCUUGUCCAGCGAGAAGCUUGUGAAUGUCUAGUCAAAGCUUGCAUGUUCAAUGGUGGAGAGUACGGAGAAGGGCAAGCUUGGCAACCAGACCCAUGUACUGUAUGCUACUGUCAGCAAGGUCAACCAGUCUGUUCUUUCCAAAGUGACCGUCCAGAGUGUUUCAACCCUUGUCUAUCUAACCCCUGUCACAACAGUGGAACAUGCGAGAGUGUCCCGGGCUACAGUAACUACUCCUGUAUCUGUCCACCGGGUUGCGGGGGUGAUCAAUGUCAGCACAUGAAGAAUGUCUGCACUCUGCCUCAGGAAAACAAUGGCUGUGAAAGCCGGGGAGUCAUGUAUUAUUUUGACAUGUUCACACAGAGGUGUGAGAUUAACUACUCAGGUUGUCUUGAUGAUGGGAAUAGCUUUAACACAUUACAGCAAUGUGAAGAGCGAUGUAUGAUCGGUGCAUGUUGCUAUCGGACCUACAUGAGGGGGUCAUCUGGACAAGAAUAUCUGGAUUUUACUGACCUCCGCCCAGGCUUUACAUGUGAGGUUCAACCUCUGCGUGAAUGUCGUCAACUUAAUGUUUUCUAUCCGACUGGCAACCAACGCCAUGAAGUUACUGGUUUCCACCCAGGUAGGUCAUGUGAGGAGGUGUCAUGUGACUUACCCGAUGGUUGCAUUUAUAUGGAUUCCACCUAUGCUGUUGGAGAGACGUUCCGGACCCAUUGCCAAGAAUGUAGGUGUAUGCCAGAGGGUCGUCUAAAUUGCAGAUGUACUGAUAUGACCAUACGUAAAGAGCUACGUGACAUGACUCGAGAUGAGCUAGAUCGAUUCCAGGCAGCUGUACAGCAGCUUCGAAUGUCUGCCAAGGGUAAUUCAUGGGAACACGCCCGUGAUGUCUAUAUGAAGCAUAUCAUGGAGGCAAACAGCAUACCAGCUUACCUCAUGUGGCAUCGGUUGUUUCUUCGCCAGAUGGAAAGACAACUCCAGGAAAUUGACUGCUCUAUUGCCCUGCCGUACUAUGACUUCACCACCGAUGUGGCAGACUUCUCCAAAGCUGUCCUCUGGCAACCUAACUACUUUGGUGGAGAUGGUCUCGGGUCUUGUGUUGAGGAUCACCCAUUCCGUGGUGGUUCUCUAUGGACACCGUGCCUCAUUCGUAAAUUCUCAAAGUCCAUGAAACUACCAUCCAAAAUUGACGUUGCUAUGGCUAUGUCAGCGACUGACUUUGAUACAUUCAGUAUGUGCAUGCAGACCAUCAUGGGUCAUGUCUUUAACUAUGUGGGCGGCCAUGUUGCAAGCUCUGGAGCACCAUAUGAUCCAGUCUUUUAUGCCUUGCAGGCGUAUGUCGACAUGAUCUUCUGGCGUUGGCAACAGAAGGUUGGAAACUAUGGAAGUUUCCCGGCAGCCAUGUUGGAUGUUCCAAUGGUACCCUUUAAUGCCAAAGCUCGUGAUAUUCUUAACUCUGAGUCCCAUUUGUGUGUGACGUAUUCUCUAAUAUCUGCUGGUAAUCCAUGUAAUGGUUCUAGUCAAGUGUUUGGCAGGGAUGGAUAUGAUCAAGAAGGCUUCGAUAGAAAUGGUUUCAAUCAACAAGGCUAUGACAGGGCUGGAUAUUCUGUGGGUGGUUACAACAUUUAUGGAGAGCAGGAUACGCGAGAUUUAUUCCUUUAUGGAGAGGGAGGCCGCUAUGACUAUGAAGGUUACGAUCGCAGCGGAUACGACCAAUUGGGAUUCAACAGAUACGGCUAUAAACAAGACGGAUUCAACAGAGAUGGUUUUAACAUAUUUGGUUUCAACAUCUAUGGCUAUGAUCGUUAUGGCUACAAUGAGAAUGGCUUCAGUUCCCAUGGUUACGAUCGCAAUGGCUACAGUGAGAAUGGUUACCAAGAUACCACAGGGCGCUACAAUGCUAACGGAUAUGACCAAUACUGCCUCGACCGCUAUGGUCUCAGCCAAGAUGGUUACGAUACAUUCGGCUUCAAUCUGAAUGGUGUGGAUAUCUUCAACUGUGACUAUCUCUACAAUGGUCCAUUUAGCAUGGGUAUCUCAGCUAGGCUGGAUAGACUGCUUUAUCGUCAGAGUAAGCAGUUCUUGAUGGAUGUGAUUCAUACAUGUCCAAGGCCGAGCCAGCUGCCAUUGAUUUGGUUUGAGCAAACCUGGAGCCUUCAACAGAAACCAUUGUCUAGAGGCAGGACCCAACCAUCUACCUUCCCAUCAUCGGUCACUGCAAACAGGUUUUGUUUUGAUGUUGAGACGUUUCUAGACAGCUGUAUCUGUGAAUCCUCCGAAGCAUUUUGUCCAAUCAAUCCGUGCAAUUCACUUUGCAACACCCAUCCAGAGGCAGUGUGUUUUUAUGACCUGUGUGGUUCAUGUACAGCGACGUGGUAUGACAAUGGACAAGAGGUCAACUGUGGACAGAGUCUUGAAGACGAUUGUUUGAAUGGUACAACUACCCAUGUUGAUGGAUCCACCUGGAAACCUGACCCCUGUACAACAUGUAUGUGCAGAAGCGGUUCAGUCAACUGUUUUCUUGAUCAGUGUACUCCAUUGAGGUGUCGAUAUCCAGCAUUCAAGUCUGGAUAUUGCUGUCCAAAGUGCGAUGAUUGUAUGAUUGGAAAUACAUUGAUACCCAAUGGGAAUCCUAUCUUAGGAGAGACUGAUGCCUGCCUAUCCUGUAUAUGUCAAAAUGGUGACAGGGAAUGUCAGCCAGUACAGUGUCCAUUCCUAUCAUGUGAGAAUCCAGUUAAACCAAUUGGAGAAUGUUGCCCGACAUGUAGUGGAAUUGGCUGUGAAUUUAACGGCUACCAGCUAGAUCACAGCCAGACAUUUGAGCAAGAUGCAUGCACCACGUGUACUUGCCUACAGGGCAGAGUUGAGUGUUCAACAACAACAUGUCCUGUACUGACUUGCCCAUCGCAGACUACACCUGACGGUGAAUGUUGCCCACAAUGCACCGGGCAAGGCGGAUGUGUCUAUGAGGAUAUGUCAUUCAAUAGCGGGGAUUUCUUCACCCCGAUGGCUAACCCAUGUCUCCGAUGCUCAUGUUUGGACAGCAAAGUACGAUGCAACCCAAUAGCAUGUUCAAGGCCACCCUGUGAUAAUCCAGUGCUGCUACUAGGAGCUUGCUGCCCUGAAUGUACUGACAAAUGUGUAGUAAAUGGGAAGCAAUAUAACAACGAUCAGCGUUGGAUCUCAGAGGAUCAGUGUCAACAUUGUACCUGUCAUGAGCGUGAAGUAGACUGUGUAGAUCUAAGACCCUGUGUUGGUACAUGUCAACAUGGUUUUAUACCUAUUGGUCAAUGCUGUCCCGUUUGUACAGAUUGCUUGUAUGAUGAACGUCGUCAACCCAAUGGAGAGAUCUUUAUCAGUCAAGAUGAGUGUAGCCGAUGUCUAUGCUCCUUUGGAACAGUGACUUGUGAGAAGUUACCAUGUGAACCAUUACCAUGCCAGCUAAGUGAGGUUCUCCCAGGGGAGUGUUGCCCAGUCUGCAGAGGUUGUGUGGAUGACUUUGGUGAUUCACAUGAGCACAUGUCUCACUGGACCCCUGUGUUUAGUGUAUGUCAAGAUUGUUACUGUGAAGAAGGCCAGAUAGCAUGUGAAGUCAUCCAAUGUCAGUCACAAUGUUCACAUGCAAUCAUCAAACCAGAAAACUGCUGCCCUAUUUGUGAUGGCUGUCUCUAUGAAGGUCAAGAAUAUCAGAAUGGUGAUCCGUUAUUGACCUCUGACCCAUGUCGUGAAUGUACCUGUGAGAUGGGCUCAGUGUCUUGUAGUUAUACAAGAUGUGAUCAAGUUGGCUGUUCGCGCCCCUACACACCACCAGGACAAUGCUGUGCUGUAUGUCAGGAAUGUGAGUUUGAGGGGCAGUAUUACGAGAAUGGCCGGGAGUUUUAUUCAUCGGUAGAUCCAUGCCAGUUGUGUAAUUGUCAGCAAGGUGAAUUGGUGUGUCGGAACGUUCAGAAUUCUUGCAGUCCACAAUGUACACAUCCAAGUAAUGUUCCAGAUCAGUGUUGUCCAGUUUGCAGCAACUGUGUGUUUGAGAGUCGAGAAAUCCCUAAUGGUCGACGCUUUAGGCAUCCUGAUGACCACUGCCAAGUCUGUACAUGCACAGAUGGCUUUGUAGUGUGUGAACCAGAACCAUGUAAUCCAGUCUCAUGUCGUAACCCAGUGCUGCCUCCUGGAGAAUGUUGCUACCAAUGUGAGACCUGUAUAGCCGUUGAUGGUAGAGAGUACACAGAUGGGCAACAGUGGACCAGUUCUCAGGACAAAUGUUAUACUUGUACAUGCAAGGACAGGCAAGUAGGCUGUGAGCUGUCGGAAUGCCCUGUGCUAGAUUGCAGUAACCCAGGUCGACCUCAAGAUGCAUGCUGUGCUGAAUGUGAGAAUUGUGAGUUCGACAGACGCUAUUUCAGCAACUACCAGGAGUUUAUCAACCCAUUGAAUAGGUGUGAGCAUUGUCAGUGUUUGAAUGGCAAUAUUGUAUGCGAAGCCUUAGAUUGUCCACCUCUGCCCUGCCCAAAUCCUGUAACGCUAUCUGGAGAAUGCUGCCCUCAGUGUCUCGAGUGUGAAUAUCUUGGCAAUGUGUUUCGUGAUGGAGAAGCAUUUAAAGACCCAGGCAAUCCUUGUAUUGACUGUCUAUGCCAACAGGGUCAGGUACAAUGUGAUUAUACCUUCUGCCCACCAGUCAGCUGUGAAUACCCAAUCACAAGAGAUUGCUGUGAUGUCUGUGAUGGGUGUUUGUAUCGCUCACAAGAAUUCCAAAAUGGAGAACCAUUCUCAGAUCCCAACAAUCCAUGUAUUGAGUGCAACUGUUUGUCUGGCAAUGUUCAUUGCAACAUGCGUGAAUGCCCUCCUCUUCCUGAUAAUUGUGAACAGUUUUACACACCAGAAGGGGAAUGCUGUCCAAUCUGCACUGCAAUCAAAGAAAAGUCUUGUGUAUAUGGAGACGUUGAAUACCAAAGUGGUGAUACUUUCUUGAAUCCUAUUAAUGCUUGUGAGGAAUGUAGAUGUAAAGAUAAGAAGGUAACAUGUAAAGGACGAGAGUGUCCUGGACAAGGAAACUGUCAACAUCCCUAUGAUGGUGAAUGUUGUCCUGUAUGCGAUGACUGUACUUAUCAGACUCUUCACUACUCUAAUGGAGCUGUAUUUGCCAAUCCUGAUGAUGAAUGUUCACAGUGUCGCUGUCAGAAUGGUAAUGUGGAUUGUGGACCUCUACCAUGCUCCUCAGUAUUCUGUGUCAAGAAGUACAUUCCAGAAGGGGGGUGCUGUGAGGUGUGCCCAGAGGCUGACUGUGAGUUAGAUGGGCGGACAUACCUUCAUGGUCAAACAUUCCUGAAUCCUAGAGAUUCUUGUCAGAAUUGUGAAUGUGAUAACGGUAAUCUGAGAUGUGAACCUUCACCAUGUGACCCUAUUGAGUGUACUCAUCCAAUCAGAGAGCAAUGCUGUCAAACUUGCAAUGGAUGUCUUUACAAUGGACUAGAAUACCAAUCCAGAGAUGUGUUUGAUGAUCCUGAGGUUUCAUGUCAACAAUGCCAAUGUCUGCUUGGGAACGUAGAGUGUAUUGAGGAGCCAUGCCAACAACCCAUAUGUAAAUUUCCUGUCAAACCAUCCGGAGAGUGUUGUCCUAUUUGUGAUGAUUGCUUCUACACCGGCAGGUUUUAUCGGAAUAGAGAGACGUUCAUGGAUCCUGAAGAUCAGUGUCAGGAAUGCACUUGUAGGGAUGGUGAUGUAACCUGUGAGCCUGUCCAAUGCCGUGAUGUCUCGUGUCCUAAUCCUAGACAGAAUGAGUGUGGAUGCCCAGCAUGUGAUGGAUGCAUUGUUGAUGGUGCUGAGUACAUGGAUGGAUCCCAAUUCCCUGAUGUUAAUAACUCAUGCCGUGGAUGUACAUGCAGGCAAGGACAUGUUGAAUGCCAGCUCCAUGAGUGUCCUCCAGCACGUUGCCUGAACCCUAUCACUAGAUCUGAUUAUUGUUGCCCUGUGUGUGAUGGUUGUUCUUAUGACAGUAAUUCCUAUGACAAUGGCCAAUCAUUCCAGGAUACUGUGGAUACAUGUCGAAUCUGCACAUGCCUGAAUGGUAAUGUUAACUGUGCCCCUGCACCAUGUACACCAGUAUCAUGCACACAUGGGAUGCCAGACCAGUGCCUCUGCCCUGCAUGUGAUGGAUGCAUGUAUGAAGAUGUGAUGGUACAAAAUGGAGAAUCAUUUAUGGAUCCAACUAAUAUGUGUCGAGACUGCUAUUGCCUGGCUGGUUCAGUUGUUUGUACUGUACGCACCUGUCCUCCUAUCCAGUGUACAAACCCUGUCAGACACCCAGGAGAGUGCUGUGAUUCAUGCCCUCAAGCAGAGUGUCUGAGACCCGAUGAUCUUGAUCCUUGUCAGGACUGUGAGUGUGUUAAUGGAGAGUGGGAUUGUAGGGACCUACCAUGCCCCCUCGUUACGUGCCCUCAUGCUGGCCAGGGACAAUGCUGCUUAGAAUGUAUCGGAUGCACCUUUGGAGGCAAGCCAUGGGGAAAUGGAGACGACUUUCCUGAUCCUGUCGACAGCUGCAGGAACUGUCAUUGUAGAGAAGGUUUUGUGUUAUGUGAAGAUCCUAUCUGCCCACCAGUCCAGUGCACAAAUGCCAUCAUUCCAGCGGGUAAAUGCUGCCCAGUAUGUACAGGUCAGUGUACAGUGGAUGGAGUGAAGUAUGAUAAUGGACAAACCUAUAUACCACUGAAUGAUCCCUGCCAGCGCUGUACUUGCAGGAAUACUCAAGUGUUUUGUGCUGCCAUUGAAUGUUCCAGAGUAUGUGCUCACCCAUUGCAGAGGGCCGGACAGUGUUGUCCAGUUUGUGAUGGUUGUGAGUUUGAAGGUGCAGAGUAUCAGAAUAAUGCCCUUUUUGUUCAUCCAAAUCAUGUCUGUCAGAGUUGUUCAUGCCAGAAUGGUAAUGUUGAAUGCUCAGAAAUAAACUGUCCACGUACAACUUGCCCUGCACCUAUCACGCCACCAGGACAGUGCUGUGGCCAAUGCCAAGAAUGUGAAUAUGAUGCUCGUAUCUAUGUGGAUGGUGAUACAUGGUUCUCAACUACAAACCGCUGUGAGCAGUGUGAAUGCAAGGGUACUCGUGUUGAAUGUAGCCAUGUACCAUGUCCAAACUCUGAUUGCACCCAUCCUGUUCAAGGCUCAUGUUGUCCUAUCUGUGAUGGAUGUCUGUUAGAGGAAAGUAUCUACAAUAAUGGACAGAGCUUCAGGCCAGACAAUUGCAGAGAAUGCAACUGCUUUAAUGGUAACGUGCUGUGCGUGUCCAAGGAAUGCCCCAAGCUCAACUGUGAGAUCAGAGUAACAGACCCUGGACAAUGCUGUGAAAGAUGUCAAGGUUGCUUGUAUGAAGGGUUUGAGUAUGCUAGCAGUGAAUCCUGGGUGUCACCUUUGAACCCUUGUCUAUCCUGCCAAUGUCAGGAGGGAAUUACUCUAUGUACAGAGAUUCGUUGCCUAACUCCAGACUUCUGCAGUAAUCCAGUUCAUAGCCCAGACCAGUGCUGUCCAAGUUGCCCAGGCUGCACAUAUAAUGGGAUAAACUACGUUGAUGGUCAGAGGUUCCGCCCUUACAAUGACCCCUGUGCUCUAUGCUAUUGUGAGCGAGGUAAUCUUGCCUGUUUACGUGAAGUAUGUCCAUCUCUGAUUGAUUGCCCAGCUUCAAUGGUUUUACCUGCUCAACCAGGAGACUGCUGUCCAACAUGUGUAGGAGCUCUUACAUCUACCUGUACAGCGGAUAAUGUUGGUGCUAUUAUGAGACCCUAUGGAGAUCCUUGCCUAACCUGUGAAUGCAAGAAUAUAUCUCAGUGGGAGUGUGUAUCUGAUAUGUGUCCAAUGCUGAUGUGCCCUCCAUCAGAACAAGAGGCUACGGCUGGACAAUGCUGCCCUCGUUGUCAACGAUGCCAUCUUGAAACUGGAGAGGUAUUCUUUGAUGGACAGACCUGGAACCAAGACAACAACAUGUGCAUUACUUGUACAUGUGAUGGAGGAGCAGUUGACUGUGAACUGAAGCAGUGUGAAUCCAUAGUAUGUCAACAAGGUCAAGAAUUAUACAAACCACCGGACCAAUGUUGCUUCUCCUGUAGAGAUACCCGGUUACCAUGCUACUACUCGGGUCGUCAGCAUCAAGAUGGCGAGGAAUGGAGAAGAGAUGAUUGUACAACAUGUGUGUGUCUAUCAGGGCAAGUCCAAUGCCAGACCUCAAGAUGCCCACCACUAACCUGCCAAGCAGAUGAAGUACCUGCUUUAGAGCCAGGUCACUGCUGCCCGAAGUGUUUGUCUCGUCCGGCAACUUGCAUAGCGUUUGGUGAUCCUCAUUAUCGUACAUUUGAUGGCAGACUUAUUCAUUUUCAAGGCACUUGUAAAUACAUCAUGACCAUGGACUGCAAGCAUCAAGAUUUUAUUGUUGAAGUGAAGAAUGAUGAUCGUAAUGCACCAGGCCGAGUGUCUUGGACUCAGGAAGUGACCAUUAUUAUACAAGGGGAACAAGUAGAUCUUGGUCAAAACGGUAUGGUCAAGGUGAAUGGUAUUGUGGUGCUGCUGCCAUACUUACAAGAACCAUAUCUAUUUGUGGAGCAGCGUGGCUCAACAUACUAUGUCAAUACAAAUGUCGGCUUACAGGUUUUGUGGGAUGGAAGUAGUUAUGUCGAGGUGAGUGUACCAGGAUCGUAUGCUAGAGAGACAUGUGGUAUGUGUGGUAACUUCAACACCUAUCCUCAAGAUGAUCUUAAGAUGAGAAACGGUCAAAUGGCUUCAUCAGAUGCUUCAUUUGGAAACAGCUGGAAGGUUGAAGGAUUCAAUGGAGAUGGUUGUGAAGCAAAGGACAUUCAACCAUGUGCUGAGGCAAGCUACUUAGCACGUAAACUUGCUAAUGCUAAAUGUGCUGUACUCAAGACACAGAGGUUCUCUCCAUGCCAUGCCCUGGUCUCUCCUGAACCCUACUUUGCAUCCUGUGUUUAUGACAUGUGUGCAUGUGGAGCUAGUGAUGCGUGUUUAUGUGAUGCACUGGCUGCUUAUGCAGCAGAGUGUCGCCAGGCUGGACUGACAUUAAGCUGGAGAAGUGAUGCCCUUUGUGCAAUCAACUGUCCAGAGAAUCGUGGGUUUAUGUUUGAUGAGUGUGGCCCAGCUUGUCCUCGUACCUGUGCUAAUAAAGAUAUCCCCAUUGGAGUAUUAGAGGAGCAUUGCUUACGCCCCUGUGUGCCUGGCUGUAACUGCCCAGCUAACAUGGUUCUGUACGAUGGAGGUUGCAUUCAAUCCCAAGACUGUCCGCUAGACUAUACUGUUAAUGCAACCAUUGUAGACUCAAACGGCAAACAUUGACAACAUUCAUGGUUGAGUGUUUCUUGUGGAUGUGUUUUUUCAAACUUAAAUCAAGUAGUCAAAGUAUAAUUAGUUUUUUAGAACUUGCAUUUGCCAGAAAUUUUUUCUAGAAUCGUGUGAGCUUUGACUGCAGUCAGAUUAAAUUAUAUAAAAUUUAAAUUUCGAUGUAAAUUUCAUCAUCAAGUUAUGUUCAGUUUCUGAAUUUUUUUUGCUUUCAUUUCUGUGUUGCAUACUGGACAAUCCUAUUUAGUUGAUACAUGUCAGUUGUUAUUUAGACUGUGUUGAAGCUCAUGCAUAAUAUCAUGAUAUGGCAUUUUUUUAUUUUUAUUUUUUAUUUUUUAAAUUAGCCUUGUAAAUUUCACCAUCUCCGAAAGCUUUUGGAGCAAAGAUUUCUUAUAUCACUCAGAGCUUUAAAAUACUAGUUGCGCAGUGUGUUUAAAAAAUAACAACAGCAUACUGAGCAAUGUUUUUUGUAUUUCUGUAUCAACUUAUAAAAGUUGCCAAUCUCCUUGUAACUGGUUCUUUUUAUAACUCUCUGAAAUGUUGUGUUGUGUUUUCCUGAUGCUGCACCAUGUCUUUAUACUAGUUGACCCUUUUUCUGAUGUUUUGUCCUACCCUUGUUGACGUAACGUGUU